CAUUAAUUGGGCUAAACCACAAAGGCUUGAUCCGCUCCACUCCCCAUUUCAUUAUUCUCUUCAACGUCUCUUCCUCUUGUGUCUAGUUUUCCAUUGCUAUUGUUGACAGUUUUCUCAUUAGAAAUCAAAAUUUUCAUUUUCAGUUGAAGGUAGGACCUGAGAAUUUGCAAAGAUGGAAGAAAAACCACCGCGCUCUCAUCUCAAGCGCCAUCUCUUCGAUGAUGACGAUUCCAACAAACCUCCCGCGCUGAAGAGGAUUAGGUUUCCCAAGGGAAAGAAGGUAAAGCCUGGAGAAGAAGCAGUGAACCGAGUUGAUGUUGAAGACGGUUCUGGUAACUUGCAAGAUCCCCGUCUCGCUGCUAAGGAGCGUUCCAAGCGCCGCAAUCAAAUUACUACUGAAUUAUUCACCGAAGAUGGACGUGGAAUGCUUAAUGAUAUCACCUUAGCUGAAGUUGCCUAUGAGGAUAAUGAGAACUUCAUCGACGAUGGAAUUCAAAUAGAACCUUUCAAUCUAGACAAAGAAAGAGAAGAAGGAUACUUUGAUGCAGAUGGAAACUUUGUUGAAUAUGUCAAUAACAAUGGAAUCAAGGAUGCGUGGUUUGAUAGUGUUGAAGCUGAUGUACAAUAUACGGGAAAAGCAUUUACUACAACAAAUGGUGAAGAUAAUGAAGUUGUUGCACAGGAUCUUUCUGCCCAAGACAUUGGGAUAAUAAAGAGACGUAUUGCCAAUGUGCUUGAGCCUGGAGAAACGGUUUUGCAAGCUUUGAGAGGGUUGAAAGGACCUUCAAGUAACAGAAAGGAGAAAAUGUCAGCUGAGACAAAGCGUGUAUUUGACCAGCUAACUGAGGAUGCCAUGAAGUUGAUGGAGAAUGGUGACUACAAUGUGUACCAUGAGAAGCAGGAGGUUUUCCAGCGUGAGGCAGAGGGAUAUGAGAAGUUAGCUCUAGCCAGGGGAAAGAGCAUAUCUGCAAAUGUUGUGCUGGAAAAUUCUGAUCCUAACUUGGGAAGUGACAUGCUUACUGAUAUUAAUAAUCCUGGAACUGCUUCCGUACUCCCUGACCCAGCUGUGGGUACUUCAAAUUCAAGUCUAACUGCUGCAGAAGUUUCAAGCGAUGCUGCCGAUGGUUAUGAUAUGUUUGCAGAUGAUGAGGAUGAUGAAAAUCUUAAGCAGUCAUCUGAGGCUAAUUCUAAUGCAUUCAUUCAAUCAUCAUCAAAUGCUGUGAACACAUUUUCUGAGACUGGAGAUGUGCUAAAUGAUUAUGUCUAUGAUGAAUCUUCAGGGUACUACUACAGUAGCACUCUGGGGUGUUAUUAUGAUCCAUCUACAGGACUAUACGGCUCAGCAGCAUCAGGGCAAUGGUAUUCCUUUAAUGAGUCAACUGGCACAUAUGAUGAAGUUACGGAGGUUGCAUCUGCUACAAAUUGAGAACUUGAGAGUUACUGCUGUUGGUGAGGAUGUUGUACAGGCUGUAAAUGUGUGAAAUUGGCAUCCUAAGUCGGUUUCAUUCAGUAAGCUCCAUAUUGUUUACUUCCUUUGAAAUCUAACCAUUAUAAAGUUAGUAUACUGUCCUUGUUUGCA